AUGGACGCCUCCGCCACCGGCGCCGUCGCCAAGGCGAAGAAGUAUGUGGUGGGGCGCAAGCUCGGCGGCGGCCCCAGGAAGAAGGCGGUGGCGCGCUCCGUCAAGGCCGGGCUGCAGUUCCCCGUCGGCCGCAUCGGGCGCUUCCUCAAGAAGGGCCGCUACGCGCAGCGGGUCGGCAUGGGCGCCCCCGUCUACCUCGCCUCCGUCCUCGAGUAUCUCGCCGCCGAGCUUCUUGAGCUGGCCGGGAACGCCGCCAAGGACAACAAGAAGUCCCGCAUCAUCCCGCGCCACCUGCUGCUCGCCAUCCGGAACGACCAGGAGCUUGGCAAGCUGCUCGCCGGCGUCACCAUCGCGCACGGCGGCGUCCUGCCCAACAUCAACCCCGUGCUGCUCCCCAAGAAGACGGCGGAGAAGGAGCCCAAGUCUCCCAAGAAGGCCGCCAAGUCCCCCAAGAAGUUAUUAGAAAAACUAGUAGAAGUCAGAGUUGCAAGCUGA